AUGUCACCAUCAUACACAUUAACAGAGCAGAAGCUCGUAAAACUCCUGGGAGAAACAAAUAUAUUGAUACAAAGUAUUGACCGCACAAAAAUUAAAACCAUUUAUCCUACAUAUAUCCUUCAGAAACGACCAUUGUUUGAAACAUUGUAUGAAGACUUUUAUCAGGAAGUUCGUGCGGCUGAAGCCGAAGAGAAAGGAGAUGAAAAGGAUGGUGAAAAGGAUGAUAUAAAAGAUGGCAUAGAAAACAAGUCAACCAAAGAUGAACAGAUGGAGCAAAACGAAAAUACCGAAAAUAAUCUUAAAUCGAGGGAAUCUGUGGAAAAUAGCAAACCUGACUCAUCGGGACAUCCCAAAAUCCUACAUAUAUUCACCGGAGAUGAACCGAUCCUACAAAAACUAUCUAAAAAGAGCCCUACAUCGAAAGUAGAUUUCCAACGAUUAUUCUCGAUUACCAGGUGUUAUCAACGAGAUGAAGUUCCUACAGCAAAAGAGUGGACUAAGGUAUUAUUUGAUGACGAUGGAGAUGAAGGGGAUAGCAUCAGAACCAUAAUGAGAAAGUUAAGGCGCAAAUUUGGAAAGUUGCUUGGAAUCGGCGGCGGUGGUAAUACCAAAUAG